AUAACAAUAUUUUAAAGCUAAGUGUGAGGUAGCAAGGUGCUAAGUGUGUCCCUGACGAACCUGAAGGAAGCUAGUUAGCGGAUGUAUUCCUUGCUAUCCGGUCUUGUUAAGUACGUUCUUAAGAAGGACGAGUACUGUGUCUUGAUAAUAGGACUGGACAAUGCUGGCAAGACUACUUUUCUCGAGCAGGUAAAAACUUCGUACUGUCACAACAGAGCUCAGUUCCCCCUGGAUAAGAUAGUACCCACAGUCGGACUAAACGUUGGUAAGAUAGCUACUCAAGGAGUAAAGAUAACCCUAUGGGACAUGGGAGGACAGGACGCACUGAGGACGCUGUGGAAGGACUACUUUCUCUCCUGUCACGGAGUGGUCUAUAUUGUGGACAGUGAAGAUGAGGAGCGGUUGCUGGACAGUAGGGACGUUUUCUUAAAGGUAAUUUCACAUGUGCAGACAAACGAUUUGCCUCUCCUAGUGUUGGCUAACAAGCGGGACAGUGACCAUGCCGAGGAGAUGAAGAAGAUAAAGAGUAUUUUUAAAGAAUGUGCUGAUGUUAUCGGUCAGAGAGACUGUGUUGUUCUGCCCUGCUCUGCUCUCAAGGGUGAGGGGCUGGAGGACGGUAUAGAGUGGUUAACUCUACGAAUGAAGAAUAACGACACGAGACCCUCUAGAGAGAAUGGCUGAAUUGUUUAUCUAAUGAACUACUUUAAUUACGGAGGUGUUACUUCUUUAAUCUUUAUAUGGUUGCCCCCCCCCCCCCCCCCCCCCCGGCCCCCCUACUUACACUCAGCAUUAUAUCAGUUACAUCUCCGUCAUUAGAUAAAAGACAUGUCAUUGCUGUAACUACACUGUAAAGUGUUACUAAGGGGAAGGAGGCUUGGAGAUGACCUAAAGGGACACUGGCUUGCUUAUCAUACUUGAGUAUAUAAUUAUUAAAACGGACCUUGUAACAUUUGGAUUCACUUUAAAUCACUAAUUUCUUGGAAAAUUGCUUAAGAUUGAAAUAAAGACGGCCAUAAGUUCCAGUACAUCUUUAUAAUGGUUUAACCUAGAUUGUUAGGUGCAUUGUGCAGCUCACGAUAUGGUGUCUGUAAAGGUUAUGUAGUUAGGGUUUUUAAUAAUUGCUUAAUUAGUCACUUAGUUGAUCGGUUAAUGAGCUUUGUUAUCGCAAAA